AUGAAUGGGAAUUGUGAUUUAAGUAAUACAAAUAAUAUAGACAACAAUAAGCAUAAUAUACAAUGUGAAUUUAAAAAAUUAGAAGACAAUGCAGAGGAACAUGAAUCUUCUGAAAUAAAAAAAUACACUGAUAAUGACAUAAGUGAUAUAUGUAAUCAAAUCUUAAAAGAAAGUAGUAAAGAAAUUGAUGAGAAAAACAAUGAAUAUAAAGAUAAAAUUAAUUAUUUUGAUUAUGAUACUGAUACUAUAUCUAACAACGUUGAAAAAGCAAAAAGUGACGAGUUGAAUAAGAAAGAGAAUGAUCGAACAAGCAAUGAAUGUAAAAAUAAUAUCUUUGGUAAACUAUCACGGAUAAUAGAUAGUGAUUCGGAGGAAGAAAAUUUCUUUACUUGCAAUAGAAAGAAAUCUGUUUAUGAUGCAGCAGAAGAUGAUAUAUCUAAAACUCAACAUGAUAAUAGAUCUACAAAACAUUUAAGUAAUAAAAAUACUACUGUGAAAAUUUUUGAUGGUAAUUCCAAUGGUGCUUUUAGUACUGGCAGUGAUAGUGAUAAUGAAGAAACAAUUUUAAGUGAGAAGAAAAGAACAAACAAUGUGAGUAAGAUAAAAAGCAGACUUCAAACUCUAAUUAGUUCAGAAUCAGAUGAAGAAAGAGAAGAUAAUAAAGAAUUAUCAAGUUCUACAAGACGUAACAAAAUAACCAAAAAGCUUAAAGAAAAAAAUUCAGUGCCUAAAGUAAGAAAGGUUUCAUUAAAAGUUGCUAAAGAAGGAACUAUGAGACAAAUACAAAGUGAAACUCAACGUUUGGUACGAGAAACAGAGAUUUCACUUCCAUAUCAUAAACCUAAGCAGCGGACAUUGCAGGAAUUUUUAAGCAGACGGAAAGUAAUGACAGCUCUUCCAAAAGCACCUACAAUGGCAGCUAAAUUAAAAAUGUCUUCUGCUAUUGUUGAUGAAGUCUUAAAAGAAAAAGAGAAAGAAGCAGAAACAUUUUAUAAGUCUUCUGAUUCAGAAGAAGAACUUAUUGAAGUCAAUAAAGAAACCAAGAACCUAGAAUAUGCAAACAUAAAAAAUAUGCAAAAUCUAAAGGAGGAUAAUAUUUCUCAAAAUUUGAUUAUUGAUAAUAAUUUGAUUAUCACAAAAAAUAAUGAAGAAAAGGAUAAUACAAAUAUAAUGAAUGAAACUUUAACUGAAGUAAACAAAAUUGGUGAUAAUGAAAUAAUGGCAAAUGAUGGACAAAAUGUAACUAACUCAAUGGUAAUAGAAACUCAUUAUGAACCUAGUAGUAUAGAGAGUUCAGAUUUUAAAUCAAAAGCUACAGAAACAAUUACAGACAAGACAAUAGAUAAUUCGUUACAAAUAAAUAUUAAUGAAAAUGAAAAUAAGGAAAAUGUAUGGAAUGAUAACAAUGGACAUGAUUUAGAAAUUAUAAAUAAACACUUAAAUAUUUGUACUUCAAAAAGUAAUAAUGAUUAUGCUGAAAUUGUAAAAAAAUCUUUAGGAACAACUAUAGAUGAAAAUGAUGAAUAUAAUGAGUAUGGUUUACCACCGCCUAAAUCUGAUGAGUCGUCGGAUAUUAAGGAGAAGAAAGUUUUAUUCGAUAUAAAAAGUUCAAAACCUAAAUUAAAAGGUAUUCCAGGUACAGUAAUUGAUUUAACAGAUGAUGUUAAACCAAAUAAGAAAGGAAUAACAGCUCUGAUAGAUCGAUUUGUACGUAAACAUUCUAAAACCAAUGUACACAUGGAUGUCACACCUCAAGUAACAGCAAUGCAAGUGAAAGAAUCCCCAAAUGGAUUAACAAUCGUUAAAGAAAUACUUCCAUAUAAAUUAUCUACUAUAGUAAAUGAAGAUACAAAAUUGAAUAAACCUGGGACAAAACUAAUACGUUUAAAAGAAGAGUUGAGAUAUAAGAUGGCAUUAAAGCGUAACGAAGAAUGGAAACAAAAAGAACAAGAAGAGUGGAGUGAACCUAUGAGUGAAGAAGAUAAUUUUAAUGAAUUGUAUUCAAGUACAGAGUCUUACCAAACUGAGGAGGAUGACAUAGAAGAUAAUAUGCAUGCAAAAAAACAAAAAAAGAGAAAGAAGUGCAUUUUUAUAGACAAUGAAGCUGAGGUGAAUGGAAGUGAAGAUGAAGACAGAGAUGAAGAUGAAGAUGAAGAUGAAGAUGAAGAUGAAGAUGAAGAUGAAGUACAGGAAAGUUUAGAAGAUAAGAAACAUGACUUUGAUUUAGAAGAUACAAAUGAGAAUAGUACUAAUAUUGAUUCACCAACUAGACGUAAAACAUUUAGGCGGAUUAUAGAACCUUUAGAGGAUGAUUCAGUAUCUUCAGUCACUGAAAAUGAUAAAAACAAUGCGAACCAGACAACUUUUUCUUUGAUUACACCAAGUGAUAUAUUUGGUAAAAAUUUUAAAGAAUGUAAAUUAAAUGACAGUGAUAGUAGUAUACCAAAUUUUCAAGUAAAUCUAGAGCAUGAUUUAAAGUACCAAAUGAAUCAAACAUCACAAAUUAGAAGCAACACCUUUGAUUUUGUUUCUCCUUUAACCCAAUUAACUGCAUUAAAUGUGAACUUAGGAGAAGAAAAGGAGCCAAUGAUAGAAGGAAAACCUUUGUUAAAUAAUGAAAUUGAUUCUUGUUUGAUAGGAAAAACACAAACUCGAGAAUUAUCUCAGGAAAUACAAGAUUUCAAAAGACAAACCACGUUUGCUGAUCCAGUUGAUAUAUUAGAUGAAGAGCUCACAGAAAUUUGCUUAGCUAAAUCUCCAGAAAAUAAACCUAGUUUUAAUUUUUCAAAAGAAUCUAAUGUAAGUGAAUCACAAUUGUUAGAAUUGUGUUCAGGAACAUUUAGUUCUCAAAUAAAUAAUGAAACAGAGCUGGCUGAUAAGACAAGUGGAAUAUUUCAGAGUAUACAAGAACCUGAUGAAAAAGAUUUUCUAUCUAGUAAGACAGAAGAUAAAAUAGAUAAGCAGCAAGCAAAGGAAGAAACAAUAUCUUGGAAUAAGUUACGAGUUUUAUCUUCUGACGAAGAAGAUUUAGUUGAAAAAGAAAUUAAUCAACAAUCAAAAAAAAGGGUUAAGAAGUUAUAUUUAUCCGAUGAUGAAGAAGAAGAGAACAGUUCUAUAUUAAGUAGUAACAACGAACUUGAAGAUGAACUUGAAGAAGAAGAUGAAGAUGAAAAAUUUAUUGAUUACGACUCAGAAGAGAAUGAAGUUGUUGUUCCAAAGAAAGAUAUAAAACAUUAUGCAGCCAAAUUUUUAGAAGAAGAAGCCGAACUCAGUGAAAGUGACUGUGAUGUAUCUGCCGAUGAGGAUGAAGAGGAAUUAGAUAAAUUAGAAUUAGAAGAUGCAGAUAAUGAAGAAAUUGAUGAAAUACAAGUGAAAGAUCAAUUAGGAAAACUUCAUAUGAGACAAUUGUUAGAUGAAGAUCAGAAAGAAGUAAGAAUGCUUCAAGAGUUGUUAUUUGAGGACGGUGAUUUAUUUAGUGAGAGUACACGAGAGAGGAAAUUCAAAUGGAGAAAUAUCGAUAAGCAGGAUGGUAAUAAUGAAUCUCAGCCAUUAGAAGAGAAAGAUGGUUGGGUAGACUUAUCUGAUGAUGAAGAUGAAGCAAAAUGGCGUAAAAUAAGACACGAAAGAGAUAAAUUUCUAGCAGAAAAAGUGAAAAAUAUAGAUACUGAAAUUGAAGAUGAUUUAAAUAGCAGUAAAAUAUUUAAUGUUGGUUUGAAAGUUUUAAAGAAAAGACGAAUUAAUGAAUCCCAGAAACAAAGUACUCUAAUGGAAACACAGGAGUUCAAAGUGGAAUUAAAAAUGCCUCACACUAUUGCAGAAAUGUUAAACACUUCUGAAUUAGAUGAAACAUCACGUAUAAUACAUAAUGUUAUGAAAAAGCGUUCAUUUCUUGCAAAAGGAGAACAAACGUUGGCGCGUUUAGCUGUUUUGGCUAGACAAAAGGAAACAUCGUCAUCAAUAAAUGCAAAAACUUUUGUUUUUGCGCCUACUAAUGUGAUUACAGAAAAAAAGAGUAUUGCAAAUGUAGAAACAGAAUUGAAGCAUUUUAAACCUAAGAGGAAACGUUAA